GCCUUUUCCGCCUCGACUGUCCGCCGAGCAACCAAGCCUACCCUUAACCCGAGAACCGGCGAAGAUGGCAAUACAUUGAUGGUGGAGAUAUCGCCUCGUGCUGCAGAGCGUCUCCGCGAAAUCACCGACCCAACAUCCUCUCCCUCCGCCACCAAAGAAGAGAACCCGUACCAUCAUCUGCGCAUCACCGUGACCAGCGGAGGCUGCCAUGGCUUCCAAUACAUGAUGUCGCUGGAGGCCGCGUCGAAGAUCGACGCCGAAGAAGACACCGUCUUCGAGGCCGAAUACACGCCCGAGGAAGGAUCCCCCCAAGGGCCCGGCGAAGCCAAGAUCGUCAUGGACGAGCCCUCGCUGGAGCUGCUGUCCGGCAGCAAGGUGGACUACACGAUGGAGUUGAUCGGCAGCCAGUUCAAGAUCGUGGACAACCCGCGAGCCACCAGUAACUGUGGCUGCGGGACGAGCUUCGAUGUCAGUGAUUAA